AUGCUGCUUUUUGAUUUCCUUACGAGAGUUUACUAUGGCGUUGUAAGCCCUCCGACAAUACCGAAGAAGGAGGAUGAUGCUAUCCGCAUCGGUCUUAUUGGGGCGAGCAACAUAGCUCCGUUUGCGGUUAUAACACCUGCGAAAUCACACCCUGGUGUUAUUGUUGCGGCUAUUGCCGCGCGUGAAAGCAAUCGCGCUCGAGAGUAUGCUCAGAAAUACAAUAUCCCCAUCGUGCAUCCAUCCUAUGAAGCUUUGAUUGAUGAUCCAUCCAUCGAUGCCGUAUACAUUGCCUUGCCAAACAGUCACCAUUUUGAAUGGUCUUUGCGUGCAGUGCAAGCCGGCAAACAUGUUCUGCUGGAAAAGCCAUGUUGUUCUAAUGCCACCGAGGCUAAGAUGCUCUUCAACCAUCCGCUGGUAACUGCGCCGAAUGCUCCGGUGCUCCUCGAAGCUUUUCACUACCAGUUCCACCCUGCGUGGCAAGCCUUCUUAGGUGAAAUUCGCCAGUCUCCUGGCGCUAUUGAAAGUGUCUUCUCUCAGUUUUAUCUCCCACGACUAUUGUUGGGCAGGGAUGACAUCCGGUUCCACUAUUCGCUUGCAGGGGGUUGUCUGAUGGACGUUGCAACCUACUGCAUCUCCGCUAUUGAUGAAGCUGUCGUUGCAACAUUUGUUACACCUGAUUCUCAAAGAGUCCGGGUUCAAGGAGAUAUGAGUACGGCGGGUGGCUGGCCGUCCUUUCUCCCGGCAUCUUGGACAAAAGGAAUUCCCAGCUUACGAUGGCCUAAGAGCGAGGUCGUUUUCAAGCCGGUCCUGGUCGAGACAACCGAUCAAAACGGCGUCCAACUUCAACAUUUUGUAACCCGAACCAUCACGAUUUGGAACCAUAUGCUCCCGGUCCUUUAUCAUCGAAUUGAUACCUCUGAUUUUCACACUCUUCAUCGCGAGGAGGAGAUUGUCAAAUCUUGGAGUGAGGUCAGUUACAAAAAGGCCUAUAACUGGCCUGAAGCAGAUGAGCGUGCAGUGUUCUAUAAGGAUUGGUGGUCGACAUAUCGUUGUCAGCUGGAAGAAUUUGUUAAUCGGGUCAAGGGCCGUAAAGGUUCUGGCAUUUGGAUCGAUGGAGAUGAAAGUAUUGCUCAGAUGGAGACUAUCGAUCGCACUUAUGAAAAGGCGGGCUUGAUGCCUAGACCUACCAGCAGCUUUGAAAUUUAG